GUCAAGGCCAUCAAAAUGGCAAGUGUUGAAAAUUCUCGUGUUUGCGAUACAAAUGGCUGUGAUAAGGAGGCUAAAAUGCAAUGCCCAACAUGUAUUAAACUGGGUAUAGAGGGAUCAUUUUUCUGCUCACAGGAAUGUUUCAAGGAGUUCUGGGGUGAACACAAGAAGGUGCACAAAAAAGCAAAGAAGCAGGGUGCGGGAGAGCCUGCGAACUACAACCCAUGGCCAGGUUACAUUUUCACUGGUUCACUGAGGCCUUACGCUGUGUCUCCAAAAAGACCAGUGCCAGAUCACAUCAGGAGGCCAGACUAUGCAAACCACCCUGAAGGCUUCCCUCUGACAGAGCAGAAGCAGAAGGGCUCUACAUAUAUCAGACCUCUAGAUGACCAGGAACAGGAAGAUCUGAGAGUAGCAUGCAAGCUUGGCAGAGAAGUCUUAGAUGAGGCUGUCAAAGCAGUAGGGGUUGGUGUCACUACAGAGGAAAUAGAUAGAAUUGCUCAUGAGGCGUGUGUAGACCGUGAUUGCUACCCAUCUCCAUUGAACUACUACACUUUUCCAAAGUCCUGCUGUACAUCGGUGAAUGAGGUGAUCUGUCAUGGAAUUCCAGAUGGUCGACCUCUACAAGAUGGCGAUAUAUGUAAUAUUGAUGUCACAACAUAUUUUAGAGGUUUCCAUGGUGAUUUAAAUGAGACUCUUUUUGUUGGCAAUGUUAGUGAGGCCAGCAAGAAACUUGUUAAAGUCACAUAUGAAUGCUUAGACAAUGCAAUUAAAAUGGUCCAUCCAGGUGUUAGGUACAGAGAUAUAGGUAAUGAAAUACAAAAACAUGCUCAAUCCAAUGGUUUCUCUGUUGUUAGGAGCUACUGUGGUCAUGGAAUAAAUCAAUUGUUCCAUACUGCACCUAAUGUCCCGCAUUAUGCCAAAAAUAAAGCUGUAGGAGUGAUGAAACCUGGUCAUACAUUCACUAUAGAACCUAUGAUAAAUGAAGGUGUGUGGCGUGACAAAACUUGGCCCGAUAAUUGGACCUCGGUAACAGAGGACGGCAAGAGAUCUGCACAGUUUGAGCAAACAUUACUAGUGACUGAAUCAGGCUGUGAUAUAUUAACUAAAAGAUUAGAUGGACAGCCUCAUUUUAUGGACUCUUUAUAAUGUGUUGGUUGUUGUUGGAAUAUUACAGUGGCAUUUGAAGCAUCUGAAAUAGAACAAGAGGUUUUAUACAUAUUACACAUUGUCUGAUGUUUCUUUAGUGUUUGACUGUAUAAGAAAUUUCCCUUUCCAGAGCAUUCUUUCAAAAACUUUUUAAUUCAUUGUUACCAUAUAAACUGUAAUACACCUGAUUCAAUACUUUUUAUGUCAUCACCACAA